GCCCGCGGCGGGCCCUUGCGCACCUUCCUGGAGCGCCAGGCGGAGUCUCAAUCCCAGUUGCAGGCCCCCAGGGGGCCCGAGCUGCUGGCCGCGGCCAAACUGCUGAGCGAGAAGGAGCGGGAGCUGCGGGAGACCGAGCCCUUGCUGCACGAUGAAAAUGAAGACCUAAGGAAACUUGCAGAGAAUGAAAUAGCUUCCUGUCAAAAAGAAAUAGCUCAAUUGAAGCAUCAGAUUAUCUUACUUUUGGUUCCCUCAGAAGAAACAGAUGAAAAUGAUUUGAUCCUGGAGGUAACUGCAGGAGUUGGGGGUCAGGAGGCAAUGUUGUUUACUUCAGAGAUGUUUGAUAUGUAUCAGCAAUAUGCUGCUUUUAAAAGAUGGCAUUUUGAAACCCUGGAAUAUUUUCCAAGUGAAAUAGGUGGGCUUCGACAUGCCUCUGCCAGCAUUGGGGGUUCAGAGGCCUAUAAGCACAUGAAGUUUGAAGGGGGUGUGCACAGAGUACAGAGAGUGCCAAAGACGGAGAAGCAAGGCCGCAUUCACACCAGCACCAUGACUGUGGCAAUAUUACCCCUACCCACUGAGAUUAAUCUAGUGAUUAAUCCUAAAGACUUGAGAAUUGAUGCUAAGCGAGCCAGUGGAGCUGGGGGGCAGCAUGUGAAUACCACCGACAGUGCUGUCCGGAUAGUUCAUCUUCCAACGGGUGUUGUUUCUGAAUGCCAACAAGAGAGAUCUCAACUGAAAAAUAAAGAGAUGGCUAUGAAAAAGUUACGUGCAAAACUGUACAGCAUGCAGCUUGAAGAAGAAACAAAUAAAAGAUACAAUGCUAGAAAGAUUCAGAUUGGAAGUAAAGGAAGGUCAGAGAAAAUAAGGACAUACAAUUUUCCACAGAAUCGUGUCACAGAUCACAGAAUAAACACGUCACUUCAUGAUCUUGAAACGUUUAUGCAAGGAGAGUACCUCCUGGAUGAACUUGUACAGUCAUUGAAAGACUAUGCGGAUUAUGAAUCGUUAGUAGAAAUUAUUUCCAAAAAACUUUAAAUUGAUUUGUUAUUAAAGACUUUGACAACUAACGAAAAAUUCUACUACAGCAAAUCAGAUUGUGUGUAAAUAAUCACCAAUAUUGUCUUGAAACAUGAGUUAACAGGAGCAAUAUGCAUAUUUUUAAGAGUUUAUGUAAAUAAAUCUCUCAAAAUGUAUUAGUAAAAAUAUACAUACAAUAUAAUCAUG